AUGGGGGAUUUUGUUAUGCCGCGACAUAGCGCGGUGAUGGAACGACUUCGCCGAAGAAUCGAACUAAUCAGGCGGCAUCACACUAACUGUCAGAACCGCUAUGAUAGUACAGCAAUGGAGCGACUGGAGAUGGAGAGACAACAGACCUUUGCACUGCACCAGCGCUGCCUGCAAACCAAGGCCAAACGGUCGAAUAAGCACAGACAGCCGCAGCCACCGACCGACCAGUCGGUACAGAGGGGGUCAGGAACGGGGGGUAACAACGCAGACCUUGCAGAUAGUGGGACCCCCGGAGAACAGAGCCGAAACAGCACUUUGAUUGCGUUACAGGAAACUGUGAAACGGAAGCUGGAAAAUGCCAGCUCACCUCUGGGUCGUGACCAGGUCAACGGUUUUGAUGGUUAUCCGCCGUCCCAGAAGGCCUGCAUAGAUGAUCCAAUGGGGAGUCUCAAUGGGGCGUCUAAUGGCACCAUUCCCCCUGUGUCGCCCAUGGACACCAAACAUGGCGUGAGCACGGACGCCCUAGUGCAGAACGGGGCCCACGGCCCUGGCGGAGCUGAGCAGAACGGUGUCGGUUUGUCUGAGGGUGGCACGGGAUCACGAGCUUCGGACCAGGAGUUCCGUCUGAAGGGUCUGAAACAGGAACCCGUGGACGACAUUUUGCCCUGCAUGCUGCCUGCAGGGGGCGCCAGCUGCAACAAUAGCCUGUUUCCUGACCUUAAUCUUAACGAGCAGGAAUGGACUGAGCUAAUGGAGGAGUUCAAUCGCUCAGUGGCCUACGAAGACAUCCAAGACAUUUUCAACGACGGUUUCGAGGACCGCAAGGAUCCUGACCUGGCCCCGUCCAGCCAGCCCCAGAGCCUCUUGCCCCCGGAUCUGUCAGGCGUGGUGAAGGCCGAGUUCUCCCCGGGUCCGGCCAGCGCGUUCGAGCAAGACUCUCGGACCGGUUCUCCCCAGGUGAGGCCCACUUCAUCAGGGCCCCCGCUUCACACCAGCUCCCCUGUCACAGCCACCUCCACGGCCUCUUCCCCAGCCCUGCCCAUACCUCAGCCUCCACAGCAGCAACAGCAGCCCGUGGCCCAGCCCCCCAGACCGCUGCAGCAGAACCACCUGCUCCCGGGACCACCCAAAGACCUGUCUCCCGCUCAGCAGCUGCAGCAGCUUGCUGCACGGGAGCAGCAAAGGGCUCAGAUGAUGCAGAGUCAGCAGCAGCAUCCAGCUCAAAAACAGCAACAGCAAAAACAACAGCAGCAGCAGCAGCAGCAGCAGCAACAGCAGCAGCAGACAGCCAAAUUCCACCCUUCCCCUUGGCCCCAAAAUGCCCCGUCUCAGAGUCAGAUUAGUGGUGCCUUUGGGAUGGAAAAACCCACCAGCCCUUCCCUUUACCCCCAGGAUUUCCCUAACUCCAAACCCCUCCUGCUGCCCGGCCAGCAGCCCAACAAGGGCUCCCCCAAAGCAGGCGCAGCCAGUGGGUACAUGCAACCAAGUGGGCACCCGAACAUGUUGGGUCAUGCAGCACCCACGGGCACUCUCAGUCACCCAGGCAACGCAGGGGGGCCGCCAACCAUGCUGGACUAUAGUAACACUAAGCCUCUGUCCCACUAUGAGGCAGGGGCUUCAGGACAGCCAAGGGGUCCAGUAGUUACACAGAACCAGAACAAGGCAGUUCGCCUAGCCCAAAUCAGACAAGAGCAGAUGAAACAGAGGAUGCCUUUUAGACCCCCACACAUGCCACAUGCACAGCAAGAACCCGGUGCUUACCCUUUAGGCCCUCAUGUCCCUGGUCCUGGAAAUACCAUGACAACGCAACCGGGGGGCAAUGCCAUGGCGGGUAACCAUGGCAACGCAGCCUACCUGAGCAACCUACAGCGGAAGCAGCCGGCAAUGUCGAUGAUGACGCCACAGCAGAAACAGCUAAUCCAGAGGCAGAUGAUGGCAGACCAGGAGAAACAGCGUCAGCAACAGGAGCAGCAGCUGCAGAGGCAUUUGACCAGACCUCCUCCUCAAUAUCAGGACCAACCGAACCAGUCUGCCCAGCAGAACCCAUUCCAGCCGCCUCAGCAAGUCUCCCAGUUCACAGGUUCAUCUCAACCAAUGGGGAAUGUCAGCUCUCUUGGAGGACCCAACCCUGGGACACAGCGUAUGUUCCCUCAGUCACAGGGCAUGAUGGGUAUGGGGGUGGGUCAGGGCGGAGGCCCCCCCGCAGGCGCCCCUCCGGCCGCCAGCCAAGCAGACAUGAGCCUGUCGUCCUGUGGGGGCGGGCUUGACGUGCAGCAGGUUCUCUAUGGCAACAUGCCCAUGCACCCCUCACAUCCACCUCAACAAAGGCCUCAGAUGUCAGCCAUAUCAGCUGCGUACAGACAAAAUGUCCUAGCGCAGCAGCAGCAGCACCUAAAGAGCCAGCCCAACGCCGCUCUGCUCAAACAGCAACAGCUAGCCCGGAUCCCCAACAACAUGCCCAGUGCCCUGGCAAACAACAUGAACGCCGCCAUGCCUAACUCCAUACCCAGCUCUAUGCCAACCAGUAUUCAGGGUGCGAUGCCAACGCAAGCCCAGUCUUGGCAACAGCAGCAGCAACAACAACAGCAUCCAGGUCUGCAGCAGGGCAUGGGUGCGCAGCCGCCGUCCAGUAACGGUGGCAUGCCCACUGGUUUUGGCAACCCUGCUUUCCACAUGCAGCCCAGGAUGGCCAAGCUGCCCAAUAGUGCCCAGUUUGCCCAGGCUGGUAUGGGCAAUGGUCCUGGAGCCAGGGCCCUCGGGGGCAUGAACCCUGGGCAGAUGAUACCUAACAUGGCACAGCAAAGGACCAGCAAUCCUUCUAUGAACCAGCAGCUAGCCCCACCAAACCAGCAGCAAGCCCAACAAGGGCAACAGCCACCUCCGCAAGCCCAGCAAGUGCUACCUGACCUGGGUGCCUUUGGCCAGCCACAGGGGGGACAGGUCCCUAACCGCACAGCCGGCAUGCCCUGCAGCCAGGCCUAUCAAGUCAACAGGACAGCUAAUCAGCAGCUGCAGUUUGCCUAUAAUGCUCAGUCGGGAGGCACCUUGCCCAGUUUCCCAGUAGAGAGUGAUCUGGUGGACUCUUUGCUUAAGAGCCAAGAGACACAAGAGUGGAUGGAUGACCUGGAUGAGCUACUGGCCAGUCAUCAGUAACUGACUCAUAUUGAUUAGCCAGUCACAGACGUUGUGAAACAGUCUCAGUCAAUGGGUAUGUGGGAAGAGGGAGAA